ACACACUUCCUGUUUAGCGCGAGCGGGUGAGGGAAUGCGCGAGAGCCCCUCUUACUUUAACCGGUAAUAUCACCUGAGAUUACAGAUGCGGCGCGAGGAGCUUCACUAACAGAGAGCAGUUUCAGUACCGCUCUGGUAGAGUGUGUUAAAGAGCGCUGAUCAGGAACACAGUCGGGGGCGCAAAAAUACCAGGUGUGUGUGAGACCAUGCUGUGCAGACUCAGAGUGAGUGUGAGGCCGUGGGUAAGUGUGUGUCGCUGGGCGCACACUAAAGAAAAAGGGAAACCACUGAUGCUCAACCCACACACUAAUAAGGGUAUGGCGUUCACUCUGAAGGAGAGGCAGAUGUUGGGGCUGCAGGGGCUCCUCCCCCCGAAGAUUGAGACCCAGGACAUCCAGGCCAUGCGCUUCCAGAGGAACCUGCGCAAGAUCUCAGACCCUCUGCAGAAGUAUAUCUAUCUGAUGGGGAUUCAGGAGCGUAAUGAGCGCUUGUUUUAUCGGGUGCUGAUGGAGGAUAUUGAGGCUCUGAUGCCGAUCGUUUACACGCCGACCGUCGGCCUCGCCUGCACCCAAUACGGACACAUAUUCCGCCGACCCAAGGGACUCUUUAUCUCUAUUAUGGACAGAGGACACGUUCGCUCCAUCCUGGACAACUGGCCAGAAACUAAUGUGAAGGCGGUGGUGGUGACGGAUGGGGAGCGUAUUCUGGGUCUGGGGGAUUUGGGGGUUUAUGGGAUGGGGAUUCCGGUGGGGAAGUUGUGUUUAUAUACAGCCUGCGCCGGAAUCCGUCCAGAGAGCUGCUUACCCGUCUGUAUCGACGUCGGCACAGAUAACCAGACGUUACUCAGGGACCCGUUCUAUAUGGGUCUGUACCGGAGGCGGGAGCGCUCUCAGGCGUAUGAUGAUCUGAUAGAUGAGUUUAUGGAGGCGGUGGUGCAAAAAUACGGGCAGGAGACGCUCAUACAGUUCGAGGAUUUCGGCAACCAUAACGCUUUCCGCUUCCUGAAGAAAUACAGACACAAGUACUGCACCUUUAACGACGACAUCCAGGGUACUGCGUCAGUAGCUCUGGCUGGUCUGUUGGCGGCGCGGCGUGUCGUGGGGAAGCCAAUCACUGAUCACACUGUACUGUUUCUGGGAGCAGGAGAGGCUGCACUGGGCAUCGCUAACCUGAUCGUCAUGGCGAUGAUGGAGGAGGGCGUGUCACAGACUGAGGCUCGCAGCAGGAUCUGGAUGUUCGAUAAAUUCGGGCUCCUCGUCCAGGAUAGAGAGCAGCCGACUGACAGUAAUCAGGAGGCGUUUGUGCACCCCAGUCCCGGUUUCGGCAUAAAAACAUUUCUGGAUGCUGUAAACAUUCUCAAACCAACAGCCAUCAUCGGUGUGUCUGGAGCGGGGCGGCUCUUCACUCAUGAUGUCAUUAAGACGAUGGGCUCUCUGAAUGAACGACCAAUCAUAUUCGCCCUCAGCAACCCGACAGCCAAAGCAGAGUGUACUGCAGAGGACGCCUAUACUCUCACCCAGGGACGGUGUUUGUUUGCGAGUGGGAGUCCGUUUGGUCCGGUUUCUCUGGAGGACGGUCAGAUUCUGACUCCGGGUCAGGGCAACAACGCCUACAUAUUCCCAGGUGUGGCGCUGGCUGUGAUCCUCAGUGGAGUUCGGCACAUCAGUGACACCGUGUUCCUGGAAGCUGCAAAGACUCUGGCGGGUCAGCUGACUGAUGAGGAGCUGUCUCAGGGCCGACUGUACCCCCCUCUCUCCAACAUCAGGGAGGUCUCUGUGCAGAUGGCCAUCAAGGUGAUGGAGUAUCUGUAUAUGAAGGGGAUGGCGUUUCAGUAUCCGGAGCCGGUGGAUAAAGAGGCAUACGUCAGGUCGACGGUUUGGAACACCAACUACGACUCCUUCCUGCCCGACGUCUACGACUGGCCCGGAGUCUCACACACUCCUCUGGUCGACUGAAACCUAACCGCUACAACCCUACACCCUAACCCCUACACCCUAACCCCUACAACCUACAUCCCUUUAUCCCUAUAUCCUAACCUCUUUAAAUGAAUCCCUAAACCUAAGCUUUAGGUGUGAGUCUGGGUCUGUAGGCAGGAUUAGUCUGUAAUCUCCAGCUGAAGAAGAUUAGAACACUCCUCAGAUCUGAUUAUUUAUUCUGUAUUUAUAACAGAGCUCAGAUUAUUUACUCCACUGAGUGUGUGUGUGUGUACCUGAAUUGUUCCUAAUGUUUAGUUUACUGUAGACAGAGUUAAACUGUGUGCCUUUACACACACACACACACACACACACUCAUGUAUUAAAUAUAGUGGAUACAGUGUUUAGAGCAGCAGUGAUUGAAAGGAAAAUUCAUUAUUGAUUAGUAACACACACACACACACACAAACACACUCCACUGCUGAUCCUUCAGUGAACACACAUUCCCUACACUCGAGCAGAUCAGAGCUGCAGCAGCUGUUGUUUGUUGUUGUUCAGUCUGAGGUUACAGCUCAGCUGCACUGCAGGACUUAUUUUAUUGUGUUUCCUUUUCAAUAAAAGUUCUACAUUUCUCUCA